UUAGUGUUUAUCUGGCCUUAUAUAGUAUACUAAGCUCGAAAUAGAUAUUUACACAAUUAUUUUUUAUACCCUUAAGAACAAGGAUUCAUGUUAAAAAUUUAAUGGGCAUCUUGUCUGACUUGGCUGCGUGGCAACCUUUGACUCACGUGUGAUAUAUCCCUCUUGCUCCUCCUACAAUUAUUUAAAUCCCUACUAGAAUUCAUGAAAUCAAAAACAUCCUCCCUUAACCAUUGUGACACUCUCAUUUUUAACAAUAAUAAUAUAUUCCCUUUCACCCACAAAAUGUUACUCUUUUGAACAUUCCUCUCCCUUAUCAAUACGACAUAUAUAUAAAGAACUUAUAGACUUCCCCAAAAGAAUAGACACACAAACACAAAUUAUCAAUUUACGAAUUUGUAGCACAACAAUAGAAAUGAAGGAGAAAGCAUUUGAUGCCACUGUUUUUCAAUCAUUGAGCACUGAUUUGUCUUCAGACAAUUCGUCGUUGAUUUCAUCGGAAUCAUGGCUCCCCUUCAACGAGAACGAUUCCGAGGAAAUGCUUCUAUACGACGUCGUGGAGGAAGGGCGGCGCCACCUGCUGCAAGCCAACGACGAGGUGAACUCGUCGCAGGCGGUCAAGCCGGCGGCGUACCGCGGCGUGAGGCGGCGGCCGUGGGGGAAGUUCGCGGCGGAGAUAAGGGACUCGACGCGGAACGGCGUGAGGGUGUGGCUGGGGACGUUCGAGACGGCGGAGGCGGCGGCGAUGGCGUACGAUCAGGCGGCGUUCGCGAUGCGGGGGCAGACGGCGGUGCUCAACUUCCCGGUGGAGAGGGUGCGGGAGUCGCUGCGGGAGAUGAGGUGGUGCAUGGAGGGGGAGGGGUCGCCGGUCAUGGCCUUGAAGAGGAAGCACUCUAUGCGGCGGCGAGGUGGCGGAGGGAAGAAGAGGGAGGUCGUGAAGGUGGAGAAUGUGGUGGUGUUUGAGGAUUUGGGGGCUGAUUAUUUGGAGGAGCUUUUGAUGACAAGUAGUUCCAGUGUAGAAGCUACUUCUUGGUGAAACUCAAAAGCCAACUACUUUUUUCUAAAUAUUUUGUCCAUAUCCAUAAUAUAAUAGGGGCGCCUUUUUUUUUUUUUUUUUUUUCCUUUUUCUUACCACUAAUUUUCUUUUUCUUAGGAACUUCUUUUUGUGCGUGGAUGAAAUCUUUAUCUUAUAUAUAGUGUGUGAAAUAUUUAGUGUUUU